GCCGAACCCGGAUGUAUGGAAACACCAACGGCCUCCCGGGUCUUCCGGAGACCCGGUACAUGCCCCUGGGAGGGCAUCCCCGGAGGCCUCCGCCCCCUUUAGCGCCCCCCGUCAGGCCACCGCCAGCGCCCCUCCUAUCAUGACGAACCAUCCCCCACCACCGGUCCCUCAGGCGUCUAUGCCUGAUCUGGGUACAGCAAGACGAAUAGACAUGCUGGAGCAGAGACUGAACCAGACUGAACAGAGCAACAGAACGCUGCUGGAUGAACUGAUGAGAUUGCAGCAGGAAUUGAAGAUGAACGUGAAAAAGAACGAGAUGGGUCUGGUGGACGAGAAGGAGGCCAGGAAUCGCCUGGACGGAGCGAUCCGUGAAGCCCAGAGCAAGAAUUACGAAGUUGACGACCGGAUCCGGAGAUGUGAGGAUGGAAUCAAGGAUGUCAGAAGCGCCGUCCAGAUGAUGUCGUCCCACACGAAAAGCGUCGAGAAGACCAUCGCUACUUUCCAGCAGGAGCAGAUGGAGCGAAGGAGCAACAGCGCCAACCAGGUACAGGAAUACAAACACGAGAUCAUGAAGAUGAACCAAAGCAAGGAGCAGAUGGAGCGGCUCUGCUUCUCCCUCCGGGACGAGAUUCGAGAAGCCAUGGCCCGGGUGGACAACCUGGGCCAGGAGUUGGGGUCGCUGGAAUCGAACAUGAAGCUGCAGGGUAGACUCAUGGAGGAUUUCAAUAACAAGAAGACUAAGACGCCCCUUAUCGCUCCCAAGAAUCAAGAUGGCGCCCAGAUAUCCGAAACAGUCAGGAUGGCCCUAGAGGCAAAGAUGAUACAAAUAAACACAGCCAUUCAGGAUUUGACUCACCGGAUCAAUUUGGAAGGAAAGAAGAGAGAAAAAGUGGAGACGGACGUCAACAUUAGAAUCAACGAGCUCCUGGAAGACUACGGCAGCUCCAAGGUGGAGAAGGACAAGGAGCUGCGAGAAUUCGACGACCGGAUGAAGGAGCUCCAGGCGGGAUUCAGCGUCGCCGAAAAGCAGCGCAUCCACAUGGAGAUCUCCUCGGUGGCCCAGGAACUCAACAGGAAGAUUGACGAGAAGGAAGUGAAGCUGAGGAACGACACGGUGAACAAACUCACAAUCAUCGAGAACAGCUUGAACGAAGAGAACAAACGCAGAGCCCAGAAGGAGAAGGAGCUUCAACAAAUGGUCGAUUCGCACCUCAAGAAGUCCCAGACGUACGGCGACGAAGGACAGGAAGCGCUCAAGAAACACAUUGACCAAAACACGAAGGAAGUCAAGGAACGACUGGGAGAGAUGAACAACAAGAUCAACGACCUCGACUCCAACAUGAAAAACCACAAACUGGAACACCAGAAAGUCCUCGAGUCUGAGAUCAAGACGAGGGACAAUGCUGUCAAGGAGCUGAAGGCCUCCAUCCAAGAUGUGGAACAUCGUCACCGCAUGGGAAUUGUCACUCUCCAGGAGGCUAUCGGGACGCGCAAAGCAAGUACUCCCAACAAUGCUUCCGACAAAACACCACCUGGACCAGAUUAUGAUGAGGACACAUCUGGUAUGGCCUUAGAUGAGAUUGAGAGGAUGCAAAAGGAGAACGCAGACAACAUUCGCAAAAACGUGGCAAAAGACAUCGGAGCGCUCGACAAGAGGCUGAGUGACGUGGAGACGAAGGUGAAGCAGCAAGACGAACUCCUCGAUAAUCGUCUGAAGUCCGCCAAAGAGGACAACAAGCAAGACAACACGAUUAUGGGAGACAAGCUGCAGCAGAAGGUCGACUCGCUCGCCUUCAGUCAGGAGAGGCUGAAGAAGCAGGUCGAUUCUCUACAGGACAAAGUUCAAGACACUCCCAAGGGCGUCACGGAACUCAAGGACCAGAUGACUGAAAUGGACAAGAACCUGAAGAAGAAGCUGGACGAAGAGAGAAAGGAGAGAAUAGAUGACGUGACCGAACUGAAGGGAGACAUCGAAAGAAUCAUUGGCAAAAACGAACCCAACGCUGCGUCUGUGCCAAGUCUGGCUCGACUCGAUCAAGACAUCGACGAGACGCAGACGGGGCUGAAGAAGCUGGGAGCCGCCGUGCACGUGGUGAAGGAACGCCUCGACACCAAGCUGAAGGAGGAGAAGACGGAGAGGCAGCAGAGGGACACAGCGAUCAACAACGAGGUCGAGAGGGUGAAGGCCCUCUACGCCGAGCUCAACGAACGCCUCAAGAAGAAGACGGGAACCACGGGCACCACCAAUCCUUAGAUGCCGGAUUUCUCCUCCUACUUCUUCUGCUUUCCCGUCUUACAAACUUUCACCCCCUUUUCCCCCCAUUUCCAGUGAGGCUGGAAACGUAAGGACACCCCUUUUCCUCUAUUUCCAGUGAGGCUGGAAACGUAAGGACACCCCUUUUCCCCUUAUUUCCAGUAAGGCUGGAAACUUAAGGACACCCCUUUUUCCGUAUUUCCAGUGAGUAAGGAAACUCCUUUUCCCCAAUUUCCAGUGAGGCUGGAAACGAAAGGACAUCCCUUUUCCCUUAUUUCCAGUGAGACUGGAAACGUAAGGACACCCCUUGUCCCCUAUUUCCAGUGAGGCUGGAAACGAAAGGACACCCCAUUUCCCCUAUUUCCAGUGAGGCUGGAAACGUAAGGAAAAAUGGUUGCCCGUGCCGGCGGCCUCUGAAUGAAAAAAUACCCCUUUGCAAUAUGAAAUAAUGAGGAGGCAAUGUUGAUGUAUAACUUUUGCUUACGUGAAGAAAAUGUAAAAGUUGUAUCAUUUCAAUUCUCUGUAGACUAGGAGAGAGAGAGAGAGAGAGAGAGAGAGAGAGAGAGAGAGAGAGAGAGAGAGAGAGAGAGAGAGAGAGAGAGAGAGAGUGCCUUAAAUAUAUAUAAGGUUCAUUCAACCACUAUUCCAGUUCACAACACAUUCCAAAGACUACAUCCUACGAACGAGUAUGAAUACACUUCAUACACCAAAGCUUAAAUCCAUUUCAUAAACUGUAAUUCACAUACCAUUACAUUUCAUAAUCUAUACCUAAAAGCCAUAUAUAGCCAUAUAAAUACAUUGCAUAGAGAAAUAUAUGUGUAAACAUAUUUCAUAAAGUAUAACAUGAUAUAUUUACAUCAUGAUGUUUAUUUCCUUCAUCUACAGCGGAAACGCUCAAGAAGCUAUCCUGUGAUAAAAGAUAUUCUUAUCGUUCGAAAAUAUAAGAUUUAUUGCAGAUAAAACUAAACUUCUGAUCACGCACUUAUGAUUACAUUCAAGUAUGGUGUUUUUGAAGGACCCAGCUUUCCAAAUAAAAUGUUUCAUAGAA